AUGCUUAAAAUUUAAAGAUCAAAAAGCUGUGAUGCUAUUCUAAUUACUUUGAAAAAUCUUGAUAAAGGAGAUAAUUAAUCAUAAUUAUCUUUUAGAGUCUACGAUAAUUCAACAGUGUUAGACCUUAUAAUUCAUAUUCAAAAAAGUCAAUAAGCAGAAAGUGAAAUAUAAUUAUAUUUCGAACAAAAUAUCUAAUUUAUGGGAGAUAUGAAUUAAUAUAUUGUAGAUAUUAUAAAAAGAACAAAAAAUCGUAGCAUUGGAUAUCGAAUAUUUUAAUAGAACUGCUAAUCAAAAUCGGAGCAUAUAAAAAUACAUUAAAAAGGCCAUUCUGAUAUUCAAUAAGAAAAAAGAAUUAUGGCUACUUAAAUUCCCAUUUCAGAAUACUAUAAUGAAAAUAUUAAUAAUCAAUCAUAAAAUAAGGUUUACUAAAAUUAAAUUAAAAAUAAAGAAAAUUAUUCUGAAUAUUAUGAACAAAAAUUCUCAUAAGCUAAAGAUGAUGAGGAACAACUUAAAUUAUUAAAAACAAAUAUUCCUUAAUACUCCCAGUAAUUCUAAUAAACUAUUAUGAAUUAAGAUUAACAAAACAAAUACCCUAUCAAUCAAUACUAGUAAAUAAAAGAUGGAUAAAACAUGUAUAUCAUUAGUAUUAUUUAGGUGCCAAUAAAAAGUCUAUAAAGAGCUAGAGCUUGAAAAUUUGUAAUUAAAAUAAAAAAACCAAAGUUUAGAACUUAUUUUUAAGUAGUUGUAAGAAGAAAACAGGAAAUUAAAAAAUGAAAAUCUUAUUUUAAAAAAUAUACAGAACACUUAGUAAUCAAAAGAAAUUUCUCCAUAAUCUUAAAGAAUUUAAGACAAUAGAUUGUCUUAAUCUAUUUUCUUCACAAAUAGUUGUAAACAUUAGAUAAAAGAACAAAAUUUAGAAGAAAUCUUGUAAUAAGCAAUUUACAAUAAAUAAAUAGCAAAAUGCCCUCAAUGCAAAAAAAAAAUCAGCAAUAAAUUAUGCAGGUAAAUAUAACCUUUAGGUUAAUAAUAUCUUGAAAUGAAGAAUUAAUUAGAUUCUUUAAAAUUAAUUUCUGAAAUACAAAAAAAAUUAGAAUCAGCGUUCAAUUUAAAAUUAAUUGAAUGCUCAAAUUAAUUUUGUAAUUUUGUAUGUAUUUGGUAAUAAAAAUCGUAGAUUUAAACACAGUAAGGAUUUUUUUGUAUGAAUUGUUUGUAAAAUAGUGUGGAAAAUCCAUAAUUAAAAUAAAAAGCUUUUUCUACCCAGGUAGGCAGAAAAGGAACUAAAUGA